UUCUGUUAUCGAACGUUCGGAAAGCGAUGUUGACAAGAUGGCUCUCUCCAUUGUGCUGCAAUGUUUCUAGAUGUGUGAACAAUUUCCUACUAUUAUUAAAGUAAAUGCAGUGUACGUAUAUCGUAGUAAAACUGAUCGAUGGACGGUAGAAUCAAAACAGCACAUGAUAUCACAGAACGGCUGCGAACUGAUGACGUUUUUAAUGACGAAAACAGCAAUGUCGAUUUUGCAUCACUGCUUCUGUCUGGGCCAGUGUUGGAGGGAUUACAAGGUGCUGGUUUUCAAAGGCCAUCACCUAUUCAGCUGAAAGCUAUUCCACUAGGAAGAUGUGGAUUAGAUCUUGUAAUCCAAGCGAAGUCUGGCACUGGGAAGACGUGUGUGUUUUCCGUGAUCGCUCUUGAGAGUGUCGACUUAUCCAGCAGUGCUACCCAGGUCCUUAUCCUGGCACCAACGAGGGAGAUUGCAGUGCAGAUCCAGCAAGUGAUCCUGGACAUUGGCAGGAUGAUGCAUAGUCUUAGAUGUCAUGUGUUCAUUGGAGGAACGCUGAUUGGUCCGGAUAAACAGAAUCUGAAGAAAUGUCACAUUGCUGUCGGAACGCCAGGUCGCUUGAAGCAGUUGAUAGAGACAGGUGUACUCGUGCCAGAUUCUAUUAGGCUCUUUAUUCUUGAUGAAGCAGACAAACUAUUGGAUGACAAAUUUCAGAGCCAGAUCAACUGGAUCUACAAUGAGUUGCCGUACAACAAGCAGAUGUUGGCUGCAUCAGCGACUUACCCAGAAUACCUGGCUCAGCACUUGACUACUUACAUGAGAGAUGCGACUUUUGUCCGAUUAAACCCAAAAGAAAUUGCCCUUCACGGUAUUCGUCAGUACUACAAGUUAGUUGAAGGCCAUGAACUUCCUCAUAAAGCAUUUGCUGUAAAAGUCGACGAACUCAUCGCUCUCCUGUCCAAUGUGACUUUUCAACAGUGCUUAGUUUUCUCAAAUUUGCAUACCAGAGCUGAGAACCUUUGUGACAUCCUGUGUCAGAGAGGUUGGCAGAGUGUCUUCAUGUCUGGAGGACUAGAGCAGAAGCAACGACUUCAUGCAAUGUCAACGUUCAAGAAAUUUGAAUGCCGAGUACUGAUUUCAACUGACCUGACAGCCAGAGGAAUAGAUGCUGAAAAAGUGAACUUGGUUAUAAAUCUAGAUGUUCCUGUUGAUGUCAAGACAUACAUGCAUCGCAUUGGUAGAGCAGGGAGGUUUGGAACCUAUGGAGCAGCUAUCACGCUUGCCAGUUUUGGUAGAGAAGAGAUAUUACUGCACAGUAUUCAGAAAGAAAGUCAUGUGCCCAUUCAUCUUCUACCAGAUUCUGUGCCUUCUGACCUCUUAAGUCCAAGUGCUGAAGUAAGUAAGGAACCUCUUAUUUCAAAAGACUUCAUGUCUGUCUCUAAAGAUGAUUAUCAUGAUGAUAAACAAACAGUGGACAAUCGGCAUUACACUUCAAAAUCAAGACAAUCCAGAUUGUUGACUUCUGCCCUUUCAAAACAACCUGGAGAUUCUUUAACUGUUUCAUGUGUAAAUGAAGAAACUCCCCUCCAGGAUCUCACUGAAUCUGCCAACCUCUGCUUUUCCAUGGCACCUGUAAAGAAACCAAUCAUGGUUGAUAAAGGUUGUCAAGUCGACGAUCCUAACUCUUUUCUAAAUGUUAUUACUUCAGAGAUACCUUCAUUGAGGGAAACUUUAGACACUAGAAGGUGCUACCCAUUGUGGUCUUUUGCAGCAGCUUUGGAAGAUUUUAAACAUCUUAAGAAAACUGGUAAUUUUGAAUCUAAAAUAGACAAUAAAAUACUGGGUAACUUUGUCAUUGAGGAUGCUAAUCAUGAUUCAAAAACCUUUUCACAAAACAAACAUAUGCAAUCAGAAAAAGACAUUCAGAGGACAGUAUCACCACCAGAUGAGGACAAAGAAAAGAAAAAAGAGAAUGAAAUGGAUGAAUUUCAUUUACCAGAUAGUAAUGAUUCUAUGAACAGGGUUGUAGAAGAGAAAAUUGAAAAUGAUAUUCCUCACAACUUGAUUUUCAAAGGCACAAUUGAUGGUGGAACUGAGGAUGAACAGAGAGCUGAAGGAAAAAGAAACAUUUCAACUGAAGAUAGGUUGCUCAUAAGAAAUAUAAUUGACAGAUGUGAAGAGAAACUGUCUUGUGAAAAUGAAGAAGCUAUUGACUCAUAUGCUACUGGUAACUUGCAAUUUCAAGAUGAACAAAAAGAUAGUAUCAGUUCUGUGACAAAAGAGAGUUUAGGCAAAAGAAAAGCAGAUAGAUCAUGUGACCAAAGGAUGGGGACAUUAAAUGAAAUAUGCAAUAGUAAAAGUGAUCCUAAAAUGUAUGAAGAAUCUCAUAGGAACAACAGGAAAAUUAAAAGCGACACAAUUGUAAGAAAUGAAGAUAAAGCAAUUACUGUGAGACAUAAACAAACCAUUAUGAAAUAUUUAGAAGUAGAACAAGUUAGAACAUCACCUAAUACAGCCAGCAGUAAUGUGUUGUGGACAGAAGAGGAGGACAAUGAGGAGGAAGAAGAAGAGGAGGAAGAGGAAGAAGAGCAGGAAGAAGAAGAGCAGGAAGAAGAAAGUUAUGAUGAAACUGGUAGCAGUAUUGUUGAAUCAUCUAAUGAAAGCAUUACUACAGAAAACACAUCUUCCUCAAACGAUAGUGAAGGUGAAAGUGACACUUCACAGACUGAUGAAGAAGAUGAUUCAGCAAGUAACAUAUACAUGAUAAAAGAUGGAGUUGUUGUUGAGGUUAGUUCAAAGAAGCAAGGUUCAAGUAGGAAGACAGUUUACAAAGACGUUGAAGAUUCAUUAGAAUAUCUUGAAAAUAACUCCCAUUCCAAAGAAGUGCCAGAAAUGGAAGAAACAACUGUGUUGGAUGGCAGAAGAGAUGUUGAAAGGAGAAGAAAAAGAAGCAAUAGAAAGGAAACACACCAGCAGUGUAGGACUUCAAAUGAGUUGUAUAACAAUAACCCAUAUUAUGACUGCAGUGGCGGCUACCAGUGUUAUGGUACUGUGCCAGGUUAUCAUCAUCAAAUGAGUCAAAUGGGCUACCAUGCUGGACCAUCUUACCAGGACUUCGGAUGGUCAGGCUUGCAAAGCUGGCCUUAUGUGUGGCAAGUGCCAUAUUGGCCUACUUACCCUGCUGGAAUAGCAGGCUCAUACCCUCAACAUCCUGUUGCUGGUAACCAAGGGCCUGAAGGGUUCCCAUCUGGUCAAAGUAAUGUAAGGCAACCAAGAUCUCAGGAUUAUGAGCAGAAGUAUUAACAUUUAAAAAUAAGUGAAGAAAUGAGAUUGUGAAUCAUUUUGAGUAUCAACGCUUUUUCAAAUGAGUUACAUUAAUUUUGGAGCAUCUGCGCCAACCACUGUGACAGUACCCUAAGAUUCAAAGGCAUCGUAUAAGCAAAUAAUCCAAAAUCUGAGUUUAUGCAACUACAGUAUAUACUCGAAAAUAAAAUUUUGCAGCUUGGAAAUACUAACUGGAUGUCUAGAACAUUUUAAUCCUUCGAAAAUAUUGUAGUUUCUGUGCAUGGUGUACUGCAAAUUUCAGAUUUUGGAAGAUCUGGGUACUAUACAAAGAUUAUUCAUAAUCAAUGUUAUAACAUGGAGGAAUUAGUUUAAAUGACUUACUUUGAGGCCAUAAACUCUCUGAUAUUUGAGUAUUUGCGUAAUGUACAGAUAAAUACCAAAUUUUGGUGGUUCUGCUUCAAAUGCAAACUCUCCAAAAUCAGAGUAUCUCACUUACAUUGUCAAGUUCAUUUACCCUUUAUCUUGGAAGCCUAAUUAUUUAUAAUUUAUAAAGAAAUAAAAGAAAGAAAAAUGAAAUAUAUUAAUAA